AUGUCUGUCGAUGCACUUGCUGACAGCGUGGCUGCGACCACGGUGACCGAUAAGCCCGAGACCAACGGCGCUGCCCCUGCUCAGGCAGCUGAUGCUGCGGCUGCCAGUGCGGAUGAAGGUCGUCGUCUCUACAUUGGAAACCUCGCAUACGCGACCACCGAGGAGGAGCUCAAGCAGUUCUUCAAGGACUACACCAUCGAGACCACCUCGAUCCCGGUGAACCCCCGCACCAACCGCCCGGUCGGCUAUGCUUUUGUGGACAUUGCCACUGCUUCUGAGGCUGCUGCUGCGAUAGAGGCCCUCUCUGGCAAGGAGAUCCUCUCGCGCAAGGUCUCUGUGCAGCUCGCCCGCAAGCCUGAGCCCGCCGAGGCCAAGGAGGGUGCUGCCAGCGGUGGUGAGGGUGCUAGUGGCGCCGAGGGCCGCAAGCGUACUGGUGGCCGUGGUCGUGGCCGUGGCCGUGCCCGCGGUCGUGGCGGCCGUACUGGCCGUAGCCGAACUGGACAGGAUGGCCAGGCAGAUACCGAGCCUGCUGCCGGUGAGGCUCCUCUCGCCGAGGCCACCAACGACAACGAUGCUGGCUCCGAAGCUGGCAAGAACAAGGCUCGCGCAGCUCGCCCCCAGAAGCAGCGUGGCCCUCCCGAUGAUGGCAUUCCCUCCAAGACUAAGGUCAUGGUUGCUAACCUCCCCUACGACCUGACUGAGGACAAGCUCAAGGAGAUCUUCGCCGACUACCAGCCUGUCUCCGCCAAGGUCGCCCUGCGUCCCAUUCCCCGCUUCAUGAUCAAGAAGCUCCAGGCUCGCAACGAGCGCCGCAAGACCCGUGGUUUCGGCUUCGUCAACCUUGCAUCCGAGGAGCUCCAGGCCAAGGCUGUCAGCGAGAUGAACGGUAAGGACAUCGAUGGUCGCGUUAUCGCCGUCAAGGUCGCUAUCGACAGCCCCGGAAAGGAGGAUGACGUUGAUGCUGCCGCCGAGAAGUUCGAGGAGUCUGCUCCUGCCCCCCAGGAGAACGUCGCUCCUGCCACCACCGAGGCUUAA